CUUUGACCAACUGGAUGAGUGCCCAGUCCAUUGCUGAUGUGGCUUCCAUAACAGAGGUUCAGGCAGACAGUCUGUACAUGGAUCUGGGACUGGACCACUUUAUGUACAACACAGAUCAGUGUAAUUUCUCUGACGCAACAUAUGGUCCGGCUACAAGUGGCUGGAAUAAUGAAUGUCUAAGUGGAAUUCCAACCUCAACACUGGGAAACAUUUCCAAUCCAGCAGAAAUCCGUUGUCACAUUGCUUCAUCAUGUGAUCAGAUCUCUUGUUGUAUGUACCUGGCACCAGUAAAACGCCAUGUUGAAACCGUCACAAAAUUUAACUUCUGCAGAUAUAAAAUGGAAGCAAGGAUUGACAAACUGAAAGAUACAACUGAUCUUCUGGAUUAUUCAUGGGGGUCAUCCAAAGAGUUUAAUUUGAAUGGAGUUGUAAGAUGGAAGAUGAAUCUUGAGGAUUUGGUAGUUCAGAGAAAGUAUGUAGCAGACCUACAGAUUCAAGUCUGCUAUGAAGCGGCCACAUGCACUAUAAGUGAGAAUGUUCUAGUGGACACAAAGAUCACACAAUCUGUAUGUGACUGGACUACUGGACUCCAAGGAUUUGGAUUAUCCACCUGGUUGACAAACCAAGGUCUGAAUGCUGCUCUUGAUCCGCUAUCAACUUUCCAAAAGUCAGAGCUCCUAAAAGAUCAUGAGAUUGAAAACAUGAUGCAGUCACCUUCCUGUAGUAGAACAACAGACCCAAUUUACUCAGCAGCUGGAUUUGAUGGCUGGAAUUCUAAUUGCACCAGUCCUCCCUCUCUAAGGAACCUGACAGGAGAAGCCAUAACAUGCUACAAUCCUUCCAUCUGCUCUGCAGCCAAAUGUUGCCUGGAUGUUUCUCGACUGUCUGGUCAAUCUGUGGAAGUAUCUCUUGUCUUCAGCCAGUGUCGGAAUUACCUGGACAUCACUGUAGAAAAAAUAACGGUCAAUCAUUACCUACACAACUUUACAUUUGGUAUGUUGUACUUGCAUUCUGUUUUUGUUGUUGUUGUUUUUGGGGGUUUUGUUUCGUUUUUGUUUUGUUCUUUUUUUCCUUUUAAUUUAAGAUUUUGAAUUUCAUAUUUUACAGAUAAAUUUCAUUACCUUAUAUAUCAAACCUCAAAUUUACUAUACGGUAAAACACCGAUAGAGCAAAUGCCAAACCUCAAAUUUACUAUACAGUAAAACACAGAUAGAGUGAACGCCA